GACUCAUUCUUCUAUUAAAGUGAUACAUGUAGGCUAUAGCUACAGUCCAAACGAAAGCUAUUUACACUUAAAUUAUGUACAGUAAAUGUAGAUUUUUUACUUUACGAUAUUUUGGAAUAAAUUCUGGGCAAGGACCGUCGCAAAAAGGUCUAAGUUACGCCAGAAUUUCUCCCGGUUAGUCUUUACGGCAUUUGGAAUAUGGCGGAAGGUGAAAAAACAUUUGACGGGCUGGAGCUCAGUAAGAGAUGGAGAGACGCAGCGGACAGCGGGGCGGAGCUGCUCCGUCACUUGAUGGAGCAGGUGCCACAAAUCUACUGCCUGGAGGACUCCAAUCCCCAGGAUGAGGAGGAGCAGGUGCAGGGAAGGCUUCUGCAGCCUCUGGAGUGCUUCCUGUUUGCCGAGGACCCCAGAGCUGGGCUGGAGAAGCUGAAACAAGGCAGCGCCUGCUCCCAGCUGUGUGGACGGGUCUUCAAAGAGGGCGAGACGGUGUACUCCUGCAGGGAUUGUGCAAUUGAUCCCACCUGCGUACUGUGCAUGGACUGCUUCCAGGACAGUGUGCACAAAGGUCAUCGAUAUAAAAUGCACGCAUCCUCGGGCGGGGGCUUCUGUGACUGUGGUGACCUGGAGGCCUGGAAGACUGGCCCCUGCUGCUCUGCACAUGACCUCGGAGCUUCCACGGCCAUGGAAACGGAGGACACCCUGGAGGCUGGUCUAGAGGAGCGCGCUCGGAAGCUGUUCCAGGUGCUGCUCAGCUACACCACAGAUCUGCUUGUCUGGGAGGAGAAGAACGAGCUCCCGACAGAGCUGCAGCCCAGGGUGAAGGAGAACACCUACUACUGUGUGCUGUACAACGAUGAGCACCACUCGUACGAGCAUGUGAUCUACACACUGCAGCGCUCUGUUAACUGUGACCACGCUGAGGCCCAGACACACACAGCCCUCAUCGACAAAGAGGGCCGCCGUGCGGUCAAACGAGGAACGCUUAGAUCCUGCCAGCAAGCCAACGACCUCAUCCGGUCCAACUCGGAGCACAUCUCCAUGCAGCCCCUGCGUGUGGAGAUCCUCCACUCGGCCGUCAUGGCCCACCAGAGCUUCGCGCUGCGCCUGGGCACCUGGUUCCAGCAGAUCAUAGGCUACUCAGGGGGUUUCAGACAGGUGUUCUGCCAGGUGGCUCUAAAGGCUGGCGGAGCGGGGAGUGGACAGUGCCUCAUCAGCCUGCUCAUGCUGCAGGACGCCAGACUCUACAAAGGAGCUCGAAAGAUAGUCCACGAAUUGAUUUUCUGCAGCUUGCUGAUGGAGACGGAGUACAAGAGGCUGUUUGCCAUCCAGUUCACUAAGCACUACAUGCAACUGCAGAGAGACUUCAUCAGUGACGACCAUGAGAAGAGUAUAUCCAUCACAGCUCUGUCAGUACAGAUCUUCACUGUACCCACACUGGCCAGGCAGCUUAUCGAGGAAGGGAACGUGAUCAAGGUGAUCGUCGACACGGUGAUAGAUCUGCUCCGGGAACACCUGGACGUCAACCAUCGCUUCCACUUCCAGGGCUACAACUCCGACAAGUUCUUCCGCAUCCAGAUGAUCUUUCGCGACCUCAGGUACGUUCUGAUCAGCAAGCCCUCGAUGUGGACGGAGGAGCUGAGGACCCAGUUUCUAGAAGGUCUCCGGGUCUUCCUGGGACUCCUCAACUACAUGCAGGGUAUGGAGGAGGUGAAACGGCAGUUGGGGCAGCACAUCGAGGUGGAGCCAGAGUGGGAGGCCGGCUUCUCCAUCCAGAUCCAGCUGAGACACAUCCUGGCCAUGUUCCAGGACUGGUGCACGUCUGAUGAAAAGGUGCUCCUUCUGGCCUUCAAGGAGUGCCAUCGGGCUCUGAUGCGCUGCAACAACCAGCCCCUCCUGAGCGAGCCCACAGACUACUACAUGUGCAAACAGAUCCUCCACAUCCGGCCGUACAAGGUGUCUCAGGAGCCAGUCAGCAUCCACCUGCCCAUCUCCAGACUGCUGGCCGGGUUGUAUGUGUCCCUGUGUGAAACAGGAGCAGUCAGACGCCUCCACGAGUAUCUUGAUCCCGAGAGCUGUGACUUCACACACUUCGCUGAGCACCCCCUGCGCUGUCUGGUGCUGGCCGCCCAGGUGUCAGCUGAGAUGUGGCGCAGGAACGGCCUCUCGCUGGUCAGCCAGGUGUAUUACUAUCAGGAUGUGAAAUGCAGGGAUGAGAUGUUUGACAAGGACAUCAUCAUGCUACAGAUCGCAGCUUCAAAAAUGGACCCCAACCACUUUGUCAUGCUGAUCCUGCUCAGAUUUGAGCUCUUUGAUGUUUUUAAUGGAAGCACCUCAAGCAAGGAUCAAGAACUCUUGAAACAGUGGAAUCGCUUGACCGAAGAUAUGCUUUUCCUCCUCAUAAUCAUCGUUGGGGAGCGUUACGUUCCCGGCCUCAGUCACGUGACCAAGGAGGACGUGACCGUGAGGGAGGUGAUCCACCUGCUCUGCAUCGAGCCCAUGGCUCACAGCAGCCUGGUGAAGGGUCUGCCUGAGAACGAGAGCCAUGAGACUGGCCUGGAGACUGUCAUCCCCAAGGUCUCCACCUUCAAGAAACCUGGUGUCUCUGGUCAUGGUGUGUACGAAGUCAAAAAGGAAUGUCUGGCGGAGUUUAAUCCCUUCUACUACCACUACUCUAAAUCUCAGCACAGCAAGGCUGAAGACGCUCAGAAGAAGAAGAGAACACAGGAGGGCAGUGAUAAAGCCUUGCGCCCCCCGUUGCCUCCCCCCUUCUGCCCGGCCUUCUCCAGCAUCGUGCGCCUGCUGUGCUGCGACGUCCUGAUCCACGUCCUCAGACGGGUCCUGCAGAGAGCUGUGGAGGACCGAGCCACGCAGUGGACAGAGGCCAUGAUCCAGAGAGCCGUACACCUCAUAGCCCAGGGGCUACAGGAGGAGAAGACCCAGCUGGAGGCCUGCUGUGUGGAGGAAGUCACCUUUGACUUCAGCAUCAAGGCCCGCCAAAUCGGCUCGGAGCACGGCAAGUCUGUGUUCCACCUGCUCACUAAAGUCAAGAGUCUCCCGUCGCUGGAAGCCCAGAAAGACAUGAUCAGCUGGAAUCUCAAGAUGUUUGAGAUGGUGAAGUGCCUUAGAGAGAAGUCGAGUCCAGCAGCAUCCAUGAGCAUGGAGACCAGCAAGCCAGAAGAGAACGUCCAGGACAAGGAGAAGGCGGAGAGGAAGAGGAAGGCCGAGGCGGCCAAACUCCACCGCCAGAAGAUCAUGGCCCAGAUGUCGGCCAUGCAGAAAAACUUUAUUGAGUCCAACAAAAUGUUGUACGACAACAUGCCAGAGAGCGGGAAUCAGGGCGAGGCUACGGCUUCUACUGAGAGCGUUGCCAUGGAGCUGGGGGAGCUGUGCGUGGCGGUAGGGCCUCAGCGGGGGUCCACUCCGGCCGAGCGGGAGAUCCUCACCUGCAUCCUGUGUCAGGAGGAACAGGAGGUCCAGGCCCUCUCCCCCGCCAUGGUGCUGACGGCCUGCGUCCAGAGCUCCACCGUCCUGACCCAGAACAGGGGAAGGAUCCCGAGCCAGGCCGACAAAACGUAUCCCCUGUUCAUGCCUCCGGACCUGGCCGUGGGGACCCACACCGGGAGCUGCGGCCACGUCAUGCACGCCACCUGCUGGCAGAAGUAUUUCGAGGCGGUGCAGAACACCACACGGACCCGCCUCCACGCGGAGCUGAUCAUCGACCUGGAGAACGGAGAGUACCUGUGUCCCCUCUGCAAGUCCCUUUGCAACACCGUGGUCCCCAUCAUCCCCCUGGAGCCUGGAGCCCUCAACUAUGAGGAUGCCGAGUUGGUGGGCCAGCUUUUGACCCUGCCUCGCUGGAUCCAGAUCAUCUCUGCCAGGAUCAGAGGACUCAAGUCCAUCUCUCAGGGAGCCGAGGUGUGUGGAGAGGCCGGUGAGGGGGGGGGAGCAGGCCUCUGUGGACAGGGACAGACAGACUUCCGCUCCAUCCUCAGCUUCGGAGUUCAGGAACCGAGAAAGUUCUCGGUCAGCAUAGCGGAGAUGCUGGUGGUGUGUGCCAACACCGUCCACCGGGUGGGACUGAAAACCCCUGUGAACGAGCUGUGCCCCCUGGUGCCCAUCAUGGCCUGGAACACCUGUGCCUUCACCAUCCAGGCCAUCGAAAACAUGCUGCAGGAGGAGGACAAGCCUCUGAUUGGCUCCUUACAGAACAGACAGCUGGCGGGGCUGAAGGCGGUGGUCCAGUUCUCCGCCGCUCAGCGGAACCGGAGCUCUGAGGGGCUCAUCCAGCAGUACUUCACAGACAUGCUGGGGGUCCUGCUGCCCUCCUUCAGCUCAGACAUCACUCCUUCUCUCCUAGAGGUGGACUGCUUCCACCUCCUGGUGGGACUGGUGCUGGCUGUUCCAGCCCUCUACCAGGAGAAGGCUGUGGACCUGCAGCCCUCAGCUCUCAGCUCUGCCUACAACCACCUGCACAUCCUGCACCUGGUCACCAUGGCUCACACCCUGCAGGUGCUGCUCUCCUGCCCGGAUUUCCCUGCAGUGUGUGCCGGGGACGAGGGAGGAGAGGAGAGCAGGGCAGCGGCUGAUCUCUACUCCACCGUGUCCCAGCUCUGCCAGGGGCUGAGACCCGGGGUGGCCGGCAGCGCCGUGGCUGACCGGGUCAGGAGGGGGGUCAUGCCCUUCCUGCGCUGUUCCGCCCUCUUCUUCAGCUGCCUGACUGGGGUGUCCACUCCGGAGGACCUCUCCAGCUCUGAAGGGACGCCUCAGAGCCAGAUGGCGGCGCUGUGCAGUUACCUGGCCCUGCCCUCCAAUCUGUUCCUGCUGUUCCAGGAGCACAAGGAAACAGUCUCCCCCUUACUGCAGAGGUGGUGUGGGAGUUCAGUUGUAACCAAAGCCCUGAAAGGGGAAAUCCAGACUAUCAGGUAUCCCCGGAGAGGGAAUCGGUUAAUUAAUCUUCCCGAGGAUUAUAGCGCUCUUCUCAAUCAAGCCAGUCACUUUCAGUGCCCCAGCUCCACUGACGACGAGAGGAAACACCCCACGCUGUGUCUGUUCUGCGGCACCAUGCUGUGCUCCCAGAGCAGCUGCUGCCAGGUGCAGCUGAACGGGGAGGACGUGGGCGCCUGCACGGCCCACGCUGCCACCUGCGGGGCGGGGGUGGGAAUGUUCCUCAGGAUCCGGGAGUGUGAGAUCGUGCUCAUGGCCAGCAGGACGAGAGGAAGCACCUACCCCCCCCCGUACCUGGACGACUACGGGGAGACAGACCCCCAGCUGGUGAGGGGCAACCCACUGCACCUGUGCCCUGAGCGAUACAGGAAGCUCCAGCAGCUGUGGCAGCAGCACUGUGUUCUGGAGGAGAUCGCCCGCAGCCUGGAGGUGGUCAACGUCAUGUUCGCCUUCGAGUGGCAGAUGCUGUGAGCGGCUGGGAACAAGGGGACUCCCUUAGAGCAGCCUGCUGGCUUCUCCACACACACACACACACACACACACACACACACCUCCUCACUGGGGAGGGACCUCCUGAGCAGGCAGCCUCCUCCAGGAGCUCCCAGAGGACGUCCAGGUUGCCACGGGAACAAGGACGCUGAGGAGAUGAAGAAAGUCGCCUUGUUUUAUUUCGAUUGACUGCCCUGCCCGUGUGAGAGAACUUUUAGUUUUCUUUGGAAUAUUGCUCUCUCUCUCUCUCUCUCUCUCUCUCUCUCUCUCUCUCUCUCUCUCUCUCUCUCUCUCUCUCUCUCUCUCUCUCUCUCUCUCUCUCUCUCUCUCUCUCUCUCUCUCUCUCUCUCUCUCUCUCUCUCUCCACCCCCCCCCCACACCUUUCCAAAUCCUUUUUUUUGGUUUGUUAUUUUAUUUUUUAUUUUUUCAAAUAAAGAAAUAAUAAUCGAAUACAUCCCAAUUUGUUUCUGUCAGCAUCACUUAGCUUGUGGAUGUCUUUAGUCUGUCCUCUGCGAUGGCAUUUGUUUAUUUAAUAUUCUUUGUGUUGAAGUUGGGUUAAUGGCUUUGGGAUCAUGCUAUCUGCUUCUAUUUUUGUGCUUUCGAUCAUGAGGUUUUGCAUGACACCAAACCAAGUUUCUGAUUGUCACUCAGUUAUACAGUGGUAAAUAUCACAUAUACAGGUGAGCAAUUUAAACGAUUACAUAAUUACAGAUUUCAGUAUUUGAGUGUACGGUAGCAAAUUAUUUUUCAGUGAAUCACAUCUACAAGCUUUGGGUCUGAAAUGUUCCCAUCUGUUUGCAGUAACUACAUAAAAUAAUAUUCAGUAAUUACCAGACAUUUACAAUAGAUUUUCAAAGCAUGCAUAUCUGGGUUCGUUCUCUAAAGUAUCUGGGGAAACGCUUCAUUCACUGUGAUAAUCAUCACAUCACAAACUACCUUUUCAGGCUAGCUAGAUACUGGACGUUAGUCAUACUCUAAUUGUUCAUGGGUACCAUAUAACUAAAACUGUAAACAUGUAUAUGUAUGUUUCUGAAUGUAACAUUUGACCUGUUAUCUAUUAAAUCAGGAUUGUUGCAAUUACUGCAGAUAUUCAAUUUAAUAUGUAUAUUUCUAAUAGUAACACUUGAACGCUAAAUAUGUACACAUUUGAAGCACAAUAAUAAAAAUGUUAUCGAAGAGGAUCUACAUCACAAUGAUAUGACAGAAUAAUUAAGUAGACGUUUAUACAUCAGAUUUUUUCAGGAUUUUGAAGGUGUGUGCAAAUACUGUAUUGUUUAAUGUUGUUUUAUUUUCCUCAUGUGCAUUGCCUGACACUGCUGUGUGAUAACCGGGCUGUUUAAAUAAAGAUAUAUACAGUAGAUGA